CCCGUUGCCUUGGGUGCAGAGUGCAGGCACGAUAGCAGCAGGUGACAAAAGCUCACCUCCAGGAGCAGGAUCCAGACGCGCCUCCGCCCAAAAAUGCCGAAGCUCUUGCAGCCCCUCUCGCUCCUGCUCGUCCUCGCUUCCACCGCCCAGGGACAGACUGUCACGGGCCCCAAGGUGCUGCAGCCAUGGCUCAUUGGCCUCACGGCCGUCGUCGUCUUCCUCUUUGCUGUCUUCGUCGUGCUGCUCGUUAACCGGCUCUGGAGUCUCAGGAAGAAGAGGAAGGAGAACGACACCCCGGAGACCCUGGAGACUGACAGGCUGGAGCGCUCCGGCCACGUCAACCAGGCAGCUGAGGACUGGGAUGAGCUGAAGGACGACAAGCAGCAGAGCAAGGCCACGGCCACGUCCCUCUGAGUGCCCCCCGGCCCGGAGCGCCUCUGACGGGCGCCGCACCCUCACCCCGUCCGGGGGCGCGGAUCCGCGCCGGGUUUCGGCGGCAGCCGCGGCCACCGUGGCACCUCCCGCCCGCCGCCGGCCCGGCUGUGAGCAAGACCCGGCGCGGAUCGCCCGCUGGCCGGAGCCGAGCCGGG